AUGCCCACAACCCGGCGUAACUUCGCUGUCGGUCGCGACGCCACCACCCGUGGCCCCUCCGGCCCCGUCACCUUCUUGCGGCGCCUCACGGCGCCACCAACCUAUCUCCUUUGGCCUGUCCGCCAGCAGCACGUUAUGGCCCUCGAGUUGGAGAUUGUCCGGCUGGCCAUAGAGGCACAACACGCGCUGAUAUAUGACCCUUCGAUUAUCUGGGCGAUGCUUGUGCUCCGGGACUUUGUCGAGGCGAGAUCCGCUGGUGUCAUCGGGGCCUGGCGCGAGAUGUGGGAGGAGCUGAGGCGCAGCUGCGUCAGCUGGGCUCCUGUUCAGAGCGAGGUUGAUUAA